AUGCGAAGUGAUUUAUCUCCGGAGUACAUAGACUCGUAUGUCAAAGAGCGCAUGAAAGCUGUUGUUAUAGAUGUUCGUGACAUCGACCUAACCAAUGAAACGGUGUUACGGGACUUUUCGCAAUUAUAUAAGAAGGCAUCGACGAACAAGUUAGAUGUUUACGUGAGCUUAUCACCGGAGAAUUCUUCAGUCAUUAACAACGAGCUGAGAGGCUUUUCACUCAAUGGCGUCUUUGUUGACAGAAAUGAGAUUCGCGAGCCCAAUAACCUCUUAACUGCGUUCAAUGCGGUGAAUGAAUACAAAGUGAAGGUCAAUCCCAAUUUUUCAUUUGGGUUGUUAACAAACUUCAAAGAGAUUGUUGAUCGCUAUUACUUCGACUAUGGGGUCUUUAACGUGUUUUCAAACAACAAGAAGGAGGUCCUCAAUUUGGUGCAAUACGAGAUGAAAAAGGGCAAGGUCUUAAUUCAACUUGAUAUCUCAUUCUUUGGGAGUAUCGAUAACGUGUUUGAUAUGGCAAAUUACAUCGACACCUUCUGUGACUCCGACUUGAAUUUUGUUGGGUAUAUAGUCAACUUUGGGUAA